AUGGCCGACUCAUUCGAGUUCAUCGUAACCCGAAAAGAUCCCGUUCUCGUCUCUCCAGCCUCCGAAACUCCAAAAGGUCUCCAUUACCUCUCAAAUCUCGAUCAAAACAUAGCCAUCAUCGUCAAAACAUUCUACUACUUCAAAUCAAACUCGAGAUCCAACGAGGAAUCCUAUGACGUCAUCAAGAAGUCACUCUCCGAGGUUCUUGUUCACUACUAUCCUGCCGCCGGGAGACUCACGAUCAGCCCCGAGGGUAAGAUCGCCGUGAAUUGCACCGGAGAAGGAGUCGUGGUGGUGGAAGCUGAGGCUAAUUGUGGAAUAGAGAAGAUAAAGGAGGCUAUAUGGGAGAUUGAUCAACCGGAGACUCUUGAAAAGCUGGUUUACGAUGUUCCCGGUGCUCGGAAUAUUCUUGAGAUUCCGCCGGUCGUUGUUCAGGUGACAAAUUUUAAAUGUGGAGGAUUCGUGUUAGGCCUAGGCAUGAACCACAACAUGUUCGAUGGUAUCGCAGCCAUGGAGUUCCUCAACUCAUGGGCCGAGACGGCUCGUGGCCUCCCUCUCUCACUCCCACCUUUCUUGGACCACACCCUUCUCCGACCACGAACCCCACCAAAGAUCGAUUACCCACACAACGAGUUCGAGGAAAUAGACGACAUCUCCGGCACCGGAAAACUCUACUCCGAUGAGAAACUCGUCUACAAAUCUUUCCUUUUCGGACCCGAAAAACUCGAGAAGCUCAAGAUCAUGGCAGAGACAAGAUCCACGACUUUCCAAACCCUAACCGGAUUCCUAUGGAGAGCUCGUUGUCAAGCCUUAGGGCUUAAACCAGAUCAACGGAUAAAACUCCUCUUUGCUGCAGAUGGACGGUCAAGAUUCGUUCCUGAACUUCCUAAAGGAUAUUCAGGAAACGGGAUUGUGUUUACUUACUCCGUUACAACGGCAGGUGAAGUGACUUUAAACCCUCUUUCUCAUUCGGUUGGUUUGGUCAAAAGAGCCGUUGAAAUGGUUAACGACGGUUUCAUGAGAUCUGCGAUUGAUUACUUUGAGGUGACUCGAGCUAGGCCGAGUCUAACGGCGACGCUUCUGAUCACGUCGUGGGCAAAACUGUCAUUUCAUACUAAGGAUUUCGGUUGGGGUGAACCGGUUGUGUCUGGACCGGUCGGUUUACCCGAGAAGGAAGUGAUUCUGUUCUUGCCAUGUGGUAGUGACACCAAGAGUAUCAAUGUGUUGCUUGGUCUUCCUGGUUCGGCUAUGAAGGUGUUCGAAGGGCUUAUGGAUAUAUAA